AAUGUCAAACCUUACGUCAGCCAACCAGCUGUCAAUCUCAGCAUUAUAUUAAAAAAUAUUUUCAAAUUUAAUUCUUCAAAAAGUCCGUGAUUUUGAAUAAUUAUUUAUUAUUUCUUCUUGUCGAGAUGUCAAAAGAAAUGCAGCUUCUUAAACUUUGCCGUGGAAGCCUCGCCCAGAUAAGGUUUGUACAUGUGGCACCAUCCUCUAAUGCAGCUGCUGCUGCCGCAGCCAAAGCAGAGCCAAAAAAGGAGAAAGCUCCAAGAAUAAAAACUUUUGCUAUUUACCGCUGGAACCCUGAUAAACCAAAUGAAAAACCAACCAUGCAAGAGUACAAAGUGGAUUUGAACAAGUGUGGACCAAUGGUGCUUGAUGCCUUGAUUAAAAUCAAGAAUGAAAUGGAUCCUACUUUAACAUUCAGGAGGUCCUGCAGGGAAGGCAUUUGCGGUUCAUGUGCUAUGAACAUUAAGGGUACUAAUACUUUGGCUUGUAUCAGCAAAAUAGACACCAAUAUUGGUAAAACCACGAAAAUAUACCCACUCCCUCAUAUGUAUGUUAUCAAGGACUUGGUGCCUGAUAUGAAUAACUUCUAUGAGCAGUACAGGUCUAUUGAACCUUGGCUACAGAGAAAUGAUGAAGUCAAGGGAGAUAAACAGCAACAAUAUCUUCAAAGUGUCGGCGACAGAGCUAAACUUGACGGCCUGUACGAAUGUAUUUUAUGCGCUUGUUGCUCGACUUCUUGCCCGAGUUACUGGUGGAAUGGGGACAAGUAUUUGGGACCCGCUGUACUUAUGCAAGCUUACAGGUGGAUCAUCGAUUCAAGAGACGACGCCACUGCAAAAAGAUUGGAUAAAAUGCGCGAUCCCUUCUCCGCAUUCCGUUGCCACACCAUCAUGAAUUGCACGAAAACUUGCCCUAAAGGAUUAAAUCCAGGCAAAGCCAUUGCGGAAAUCAAGAAGUUGCUUGGGGGCGUGGCAUCGAAACCAAAGUCCCAAUUGAACCCCGUUGGUUUGAGACACUAGUCAAAACGCUAAGUAUUCUUGCAGUAUUUUAAAUUGAUUGUCGUAAUAAAGCAAUGUAAUAUAAAAUGUUUGCAUAUUAUAUUGUUUGUAAAUAUUGUUUUACGUUAAAUAAAUUUAUUUAAAUUGG